AUGUAUAAAGACCAAAGACCAGGACCAAUAGCGUACCAGCAGCGUUACCGGACGUCCCGCCCACUCAUACAGAAGGCAAACAUGGCAGCUUUCACCAACGGCAACUUGGACCUGUCAGCGUCUAUCGUUGGCAUCUUAAAUGAAAAACACUGCCCUGAACACUUGACGGUUCUGAAAACAUUUACGUCUUCGUUACGGGAGAAGGAAAACAGGGAUGCAGUAGAGAAGGAAGCCUUCUCCAGCCUUUUCAAGGUCCUGUCCCGACUGAGUGAUGAGCUCCAAGCUGGGACUGAGGACGUGGAUUCUGUGGUCCUGCAGCUGCAGAUGGCUGCUGAAUGUUUCAGGGCCCAGAGGAACGCCUGUGUCCAGAGCACACGCAACCAGAGUCUGCUCAGGGAGCUUGGUUUCAUUGAUGUGUCUCUGAAACUCUUGAACUUCCUUUUGUCCAAAAAUUUGGAGAACAAAGAUGGAACAUUUGAACCUCUUCGUUGUGGGAUCCAGUUCCUUGGGAACUUAGCGGUUGGAAACCAAGCAUGUAAAGAUGAAAUUUGGCAGCUCAGUUUCCCGGAUCUUCUCAUGCAGUUACUCACGGCUGAUGAUGAGAAGGCCGUAAACUAUGCCUCUAUGGUGCUCCACACAUGUCUGGACCAAGAAAAGGUGGAAGAAAUGUCUGAACCCCAGAAUAUCCAGCUGGCCCUCAGGGUGAUGGAGCUCUGCAGGACCCAACCGGACCUGGACUGGACGGUGCUGAUUGCUACUCAGCAUUUCCUCAGGUCUUCAGCUCUGGUGGAGAGCAUGUACUCAGGAAUGUCUCACCCUGACAGAGUUACUCUAUUAGAGCUCAUCUUUGCCCAGCUGAGAGAGGAGGACUCAGAGGAGUGUGGCAUCCCUUCCAGUGUGGCUCGCUUCCUUGCUAGUUCCUUCCAGACAGGUUGUGGAGCUGUCCUGACACUUGCAACUGGUUCUGCUUCCAGUGAUGAGGUCCUGCAGGAGGCGCUGACGGUGAUAAGUCUUCUUGAUGUGCUGUGUGAGAUGACAUCUGACCUGAAACAGUUCAUGUUCUUGCAGGACCAUCCAGAUCUGCUUGUGACUACUGUUGAGCUUCUGAAGCAGGUCCAUGCUAUCGGGAAGGCCAGCAAGAAUAUCUUCAGUUCAGCUCAAAACUUCUCCUCCUUCAGUGGAGAUGGAGACCCUUCCUCUCAGUCUCCUGUCAUCAGCUUCAAGGCCCAUCUGAUCAGGCUGAUAGGAAACCUCUGUCACAGCAACCCCAACAACCAGAACAAGGUGAGAGAGCUGGAAGGCAUCCCCCUCAUACUGGACAACUGCAAUGUCGACAGCAACAACCCGUUUAUCAGCCAGUGGGCGAUCUUUGCCAUCAGGAACCUCCUAGAACACAACACACAGAACCAGGAGCUGGUCGCCUCCCUUGAACGCCAUGGCCCCGCUGAUUACUCUGCACUCAGGGAGCUGGGAUUCCUGGUGGAGGAGCGAGAUGGAAGCUUGCUGCUCAAACCUGUGAGGAAGGACUCUUAAAAAGCUCAGCUCUGUCUGCAAGCAGGUCCUAAUGUGAAGUAUUUAUUUAGAGAGCAGUUAUGUACAUGUGCACACGUAUGCGCUAAUGUGAGCACAAUCAUGUUGUGCUUCAGGCUUCAAUAAUGUUACUUAAGAUUAAGCUGCUCUCUUAAUACACCUGUGUUUUUGCCUAUUUAUAAAGAGUGACAGCCACACUGCCGGCAUUUUAAGCAAAAAGUCCUUUUCAAUUAGACGUUUUUAUUGGAGAAGUAUGAUAGAUUACUUUCUAACUCAGUAAUGCUUGCACUAAUGCCUAGAAAGGGCUAAAGCUAUUCUUGAAACACAAAGUCUUGGGUUCCCCUGGUAUCUAAGCAGGGGCUAUUGUUCAGUCUGGGAAAUGAAGAGUUUAGGAGAGCGAGCACAUGCUGGUACCUUUUGGCAAGACUGCUGCAUUGUGGUUUAAUCCAAAGACAAAGAGCACCACAGUGUCUGUGGCUUUUCACUUUUCACAGACACUGGUGAAACCAGCAGGGGCUGGGGUUUUAAUCCCAGGCCCAUAGUGACUUCUGCAGUAACCGUGAAACAGAGAAUGACCAAAACAUGAUGUAAUCAACCCCCUCGCCGCCUCUCCUACUUAAACGGCAGUGUCUUUGCCAGAAGAACACAGACUUGUGCUUUCCUCAUUAAAGGGCUUAAAAUGACUGCUUAUCUAAAGGCAUCAUGAUAUUGAUGUUGUAAUUUAAGAAUAUUUAAGUGAAAAUGCAAUACUAAACAUAGAUAAGGGAUGCUGUGCAUGUUUUAUGAUAUAAAAACAACGCUCAGUAUACAGAAUGAGCUUGUUACUAACUAAUCUUGCUUUUGCAAUCUUUCUUCUACUUUAGGUCAGAAUAGUUUUGAGUUUAGAACUCAACAUAGUCUUCUAAAUCUUCUUAUUCCUUAUGUAAUUCCUACUCUUUUUUAUUUCUAUCCUAUUUUACUACAGUACUAAUGAAUAAGGGCAGUAGGGCUAACUCCUCAUGUAGACCAGUGGUUCCCAACCUUUUUUUCCUUAGGGCCCCCCCACUUAUAUCUAAGAGAAAAACUAAGCAUUUUGUUACAUGAAUCAUCGACGUGACGUCAUCAGCUUUUACACAGCUUAUCAGGGCUACACUGAAUGAUUAAAGAGGAUCCUCUUAUUUUUGACAACAAAAAAGUUGUAAAAAAAAAAAAAGUCAUCAUUUUUGAGAUUAUAAAGUCUUAUUUUUACAAGACACCAAACCUAGAAUUUCACUGUUUAAAAACUUGUAAAGGGGAAAAAAAAAAUGAAAUUUCAGACUUAGAAAGGCAUAAAUUUAAGGUAUAAAUCCCAUUUUACAGAAAUUUGUUGUCUAAGUCCAGAUGACAGUAAUGCUGUAUUAAAUCUGGGGUAGAAUUUACAAAUAUUUUCUUAUUGAUCAGUAUAAUUUGAUUUUUUUUUCCACAAAGUUGGCUGUUUUUGAUUUUAUAAUCCCGAAUUUGCAGGUUUUGGUUCUUAUAAUGUAAGACUUUUGAACUUGAUUUUUUUUUCUUGAAAAUUAACAGAAACAUUAUUUUUUAAUGUCCCAGAGUGGUACAAAUAACUUGUCAUAAUAGUUCAUAUAGUUCGGAUAUCAGGAUGCGCAAUAUUAGAUUUGUACUGAUUUCAGAUAUUCCGAUAUUUACAAAGUAAUUAUGGCAGAUACCGAUAUUUAGAUGUAGCCCAGACCUUAAUCUUCAGAACAAUUCAAAGCUUGAGGAUAAAAUCUAAGUCCCUAACCUCCUGAAACUUGAGCUUUUGUUUGGAAAGCAUUUCGAGUUUUUCCAAACUAUUUGGGAUGCGUAGGGUCUGAUAAGUUAAAACAUCAGGCUGGAAUUUCUUACAAAAAAUCCCUCCAAAAUGCAAACAAAUUCCCCAAGUAUAGCUUAAAAUUGUUUAAAAUAAUCCUCAAAUCUUUCACUGAAUCUUUAAAUCCCAUCUUGACAUUCCAAAUAAAGAAAUCCCCCCAAAAAUUCCAUAGAAAUCCCUGAAGAUUGUCAAGUAAAUUCCCCAAAUGCCAAAUAAAAUUGCCCCUAAAAAUUUCCAUAAAAUACUUGCUAAUUCCCAAGCAAAUUCCCCAAAAUAUCCAAAAUGUAAUUUUCCCCAAUAUUUUAAGUUAAUAUGUUAAACUUAAAUGGCAAUUCCAGUCAAAAAUCUAAAAGAUCUAAAAGCAGAAAUUAUUACUUUGUUGUAGGAAAGCCAGAAUGGAAUGGCCUCAUAUGUGCAUGCUGGUCUUAGGAGGUUAAAGCCUCUUCUAAAGAGUAAGGAGUGGUGAUAAAUGAAGAAAAAACCUCCACUGACGAAGGUCUGUUGGUCCUAAAACGCCACUAAAUUAGACAAAUAUAGACAAAUAUCAUCAGAAAGUUUCAUAUCUGCCGUCACGAUAUCAGACUGAUAAUAUCGUGCAUCCAUGUCUAUUUAGAUCUUUUGGCUAGAACAAGUGUCUGCAGGUGGCCUUUUUGGGAUUUUGUCAAUGAAAACAAAAUUGAGGUCCUGGGGGGCUUAGCUAUUCUUAGAAACAAACAUGUAGGGGGGUUAAGGGAAGAACGCUGGGAACCACUGCUCAUUGCUUUUUAAAUGCUGGAUUUGACAUUUACCAGACCGCAUAGACUUUCUUUUAGAGCGCUGGUAAAUACUGUACUUCCUAUUUAGCUGUAGCUGAUUGUUUGCAAUAAUUAAAGGCAGCAAUUCUAGAGCUGCAGAUGGUGCGGCGAGUAAGUGAUAGAAUCGGAGCAGAAGCAUUAGUUUGCAAAAUGACAUCCCUCCGUUCUCCUCCUGUUGCUGGAUAAGCUGAAUGGUCCUGACACCUCAACAAUGCAGUGCUUUACAGGCCUGCCCACACCCUGCUCCACCCUGUUUGCUCUGCCCCUGAUUUUUAAUGACAAAAUGUAUUGAAACAAUCGGCUGGACUCUCCCCUCAAUCCACCAGUAUAGUGAGGGGAGCUUAUACGGUUCCGGUCCCCAGGAUUUCAGACAGCUAACAAAACAGCUGUUACUUGCGCUCGGCUGGCUGGCUGCAAUGCUUUUCAGCCCCACAGGAAAGAGGCUGUGCGAGUCAGCCGGGCUGAAUGAGGUGGCAUGGCUGCGGCCGUCUGCUCACCUCCUAACACAUUAGUACCACAUCAGCCCAGGCUGCAACAUCUUCCCAUAUUAACAUUUAGAGCUCUGCUGUAGUAUUACUGUGCCUUCUGGUUGAAUUUUGCUUUCAGGGGUAAAGAAUGUGAUUCAUGUUUGGGUGUUUAAGCUUAAUAAAGUAUUAAA